ACUUAAAUUAUCAACUUUGUGAUAAUUUCAUUCUUAAAUAGUUUACUUUUUGUCUAUAUUAGAGGUACCACCACUUUGGAAUAGUAAUACAUGCCCACAUUUGUCUUUUCCACUUUGGCACUUUGAUGACAUGAUGACUGACAAGAAUAUCAGCACGUGCUGUAACUUUUGUUUAACCUUUUCAAGAUCAUGAAGUUGAUAUGAUGUGUUAUUAUGUUGACUCUGUAAUAGUAGUAUCACAUUGAAAAUGAUUCUGCUAGUCUUGAUUUUUUUACAUAUGGUGUGAUAUGAACUUUAAGUUUUUUUAGUAUUCUGAGACUUUGAGCUUUAGAGCAUUUAGCAUUUGGUUUUUCUCGUUUUCAAUGAUUAUAUACCUACCAACUUACUAAUGUUUUGUCUCUUUUGACUAGGUGUGGAUUAUAAGAAUUCAUUAGAAGAGAUUUAAUCCUCCAAAAAGAAAAUGUAUUUGACCCAGAAAACAUUAAUAACAUAGUUUAGAUAAUAUUGUGUAAGGAUUUUAUGUCACAUAGGCUUAACAACCCACAGUCACAACAAAUGGAGGCUCCACUGAGCCUUCUCAUGCAAGAGUACUCUAGAAAUUGCCUAACAUCCAUGUCAGAUGCUGUAAGGUUGCCAACUUAAUAAUAAUCAUGAUACCACGUAGGACUGCAUGUUUUUUCAAAAUAUUUUAUCUCCCUCCAGUAGUAUAAAUAGACAUGGAAGUUGUUCUAUUGUCAUUCAGUUCUGCGUAAACCAUUUCCUCAUUUCCAAGUAUUACCAAUAAGGAUUUGGCGUGCAGGAUGACAAUUUUACUCAUGUUGGUUCUUGUUUCUGCAAUAGCUUUGAAGCCUGGGGUUAGUGUUAGGCAUUCACCUUUGAUUGAUUACGAGCGAGUGAAUUCAUUAAACAAUGAUCACCUUGUAACGAACUUGCCUGGCCAACCAGCUGUGAGUUUUAGGCAGUAUGCUGGUUAUCUAACGGUGGAUGAAAAGAAUGGAAGGGCACUCUUCUAUUGGUUUUAUGAGUCCACAAGUCACCCUGAUGAAAAGCCUCUAGUGCUGUGGCUUAAUGGAGGUCCUGGUUGCUCUUCUGUGGGAUAUGGAGCAACACAAGAGAUUGGCCCUUUCUUAGUGGACAAUGAGGGACAUGGACUUAAAUAUAAUCCAUUCUCAUGGAAUAGAGAGGCCAACGUGUUAUUCCUCGAAUCACCGGCUGGAGUUGGUUUUUCGUACUCAAAAACCUCGAGUGAUUAUGAUUCUUUAGGCGAUGAUUUUACUGCAAAUGAUGCUUAUGCUUUUCUGCAUAAAUGGCUUCUCAAGUUUCCAUCGUACAGAACACGGCCAUUUUAUAUUGCAGGGGAGAGCUAUGCAGGAAAAUAUGUACCAGAGCUUGCUGAGCUAAUACAUGACAAGAACAAUGAUCCUUUCCUCCAUAUUGAUCUCAGGGGUAUUCUGAUGGGUAAUCCUGAAACAAGUGAUGCUGAGGACUGGGCAGGUAUGGUGGAUUACGCUUGGAGCCAUGCUGUUAUAUCGGAUGAAACUCAUAGGUUAAUUGGAAAAAGCUGCGACUUCAACAGUAAUGAUACAUGGAGUAAUGAUGACUGUAAUGAAGCUAUUGAAGAGUUAUUCAGACAGUAUAAGGAGAUAGAUAUUUACAGUCUUUACACUUCAGUUUGUAUUGGUGAUUCAGCAAGUUCGGAUGAUAGAUAUAUGCAGGUCAAGUUCACUCGUACAUCUACAAUGAUGCCACGGAUUAUGGGUGGUUAUGAUCCAUGCCUGGAUAAUUAUGCAAGAGCUUUCUAUAAUAGACCUGAUGUUCAAAAGGCCCUCCAUGUCAGCGACGGUCUCAGGCUCAAGAACUGGACCAUCUGCAAUGAUAAAAUAUUCAACGACUGGAAUUAUUCAAAGCAAUCUGUUCUUCCUAUCUAUAAGAAGCUGAUCGCGGCCGGACUUAAAAUAUGGGUCUACAGUGGAGAUACAGAUGGAAGAGUUCCUGUACUAUCAACAGAAUACAGUUUAGCUGCUUUGGGGCUGCCUAUCACUAAAUCGUGGAGGCCCUGGUACCACCAAAAAGAGGUGAGUGGUUGGUUUCAAGAAUACCAAGGACUUAUGUUUGCAACAUUUAGAGGAGCUGGGCAUGCUGUGCCUAUCUUCAAACCAAGUGAAUCACUUGCAUUUUUCUCAGCUUUUCUUCUGGGCGAAUCUCCGCCUGCUUCGCGGCAACUGUAAGCAAUGGAUUUGAUGCAUGAUUUUGCUCCUAGUGGUCUAGUUGUAUGUUUUAGGUAGCACAAAACAAUUAGGAUUACUAAAAUAAGAAGAAGAAAAAUCUAUGAAAUUGUAGACUUGGACAAGUUUUUGUGCAACAUACAAGAACUAUAUAUGAGAAAAUGGUCCUUUCAUAUUGGCCAAAUAUUAACAUA